CGAAAAAGGAAGUCGGAAGCAGCAGCUUAACCUCGCGAGAUUUGCUUUUGCGCGCGAACUCUAAGUGCGGGUUCCCGGAGUUAGAUUCGGGCUAGUAGUUGUGCAGGCCCUUGGGGGAUGCGACCACCCUAGCCGAUCCCGACACCUUCAUCACCCCGUCAUGGAAACCUCAGCACACAAGCAGCAACAGCAGCAGCCCGCGGCGGCCAAGAUCAGGAACCUGCCCUGGGUUGAAAAAUACCGGCCACAGGCACUGAAUGAUCUCAUUUCUCAUCAAGACAUUUUGAGUACCAUUCAAAAAUUCAUCAGUGAAGACCGACUGCCACACCUGCUUCUCUAUGGCCCUCCAGGGACAGGAAAGACAUCCACCAUCCUAGCCUGUGCUAAACAGCUAUACAAAGAUAAAGAAUUUGGCUCUAUGGUCUUAGAGCUGAAUGCUUCAGACGACCGAGGAAUAGAUAUCGUUCGGGGACCAAUCCUGAGCUUUGCUAGCACAAGGACAAUAUUUAAGAAAGGCUUUAAACUAGUGAUCCUGGAUGAAGCUGAUGCCAUGACUCAAGACGCCCAGAAUGCCUUGCGGAGAGUGAUUGAGAAAUUUACUGAAAAUACCAGAUUUUGCCUCAUCUGUAACUAUCUGUCCAAGAUCAUCCCCGCCUUGCAGUCCCGGUGUACAAGGUUCCGAUUCGGUCCCCUGACUCCUGAACUCAUGGUUCCCCGCCUGGAACAUGUUGUAGAAGAAGAAAAAGUUGAUAUAAGUGAAGACGGGAUGAAAGCACUUGUCACUCUUUCAAAAACUCUUUCCAGUGGAGAUAUGCGAAGGGCUCUGAACAUUUUGCAGAGCACCAGUAUGGCCUUUGGGAAGGUGACAGAGGAGACUGUCUACACCUGCACGGGGCACCCGCUCAAGUCAGACAUCGCCAACAUUCUGGACUGGAUGCUGAAUCAAGACUUCACCACAGCCUACAGAAAUAUUAUGGAAUUGAAAACUCUGAAGGGGUUGGCAUUACAUGAUAUCCUGACAGAGAUACACUUGUUUGUGCACAGAGUUGACUUUCCAUCUUCAGUUCGAAUACAUUUAUUGACUAAAAUGGCCGACAUUGAGUACAGACUUUCUGUGGGCACCAGUGAGAAGAUUCAGCUGAGUUCCCUCAUUGCCGCUUUUCAAGUCACAAGAGACCUGAUUGUCACAGAGGCCUAGAUGCUGAGGAUCAUUUGCUGCAUUUCUCAGGCUCAGCAGUGACUGGAGAACAGGGGACUCAGUUACAGGAUGAAUUGCUGCCUGAAGCCACAACCACCCCAACUCUUGGAGUAUGCCAUUCCAGGCAUGGGUGGCAGAUAUAGAAAAAGUACCUUGUUUGUGGCUGUUUGGAGCAGAGAUGAACAAAACAGUUUUAAUGUACAACUGUCUUAUUGCACUGCCCACUUUUGUUUUAUGGUGCUGGGAAGGGAAAACCUUCAUUUCAGCUGUAUCUUUUUUUAGAGUAGGUGUUAAUGGAUUUCUGGCCCAAACUGCUAUACUCAUAAAAUGGACUCAGUUCUCUUACUUUAAAAACUGGUCUUUUUAUUUCUUCUCUUGAAGUAGAGGAGUUACUAGCAGGUUCCUAAUUGUGGUGGGGACGGUAGAGAAAACAUCCACUUUAAUUUAUGCCAUUAGGGGCCAGGAGGUUGUACAAUACUCGGUUAUUUAAUGCAGGGAGGGCACAUGAGAUUAGUCUGACUCUAAACCUGCAACUGCCAAAAGGAUUAGGACCUGUGUACAAACGUAGCAGUGUAUUUUACAGCAGUUACGCUGCAUUCAUAUCGCUCUUCACAAUAAAAAUAAAGCAGCUUUCUUGUU